AUGAGCCAACAGCAACCACAGAGGCCUCAGGACCAGCAGCAACCGAUCAAGUACGGGGACGUUUUUAACGUUCAGGGCGACCUGGGGAUGAAGCCGGUGGCGCCGGCCGACGCCUCCAUGAUGCAGGCUGCUGAGACUGUUGUGCUGGGCAAGACUGGGAAAGGGGCUGCGGCGUCAACUAUGCAGUCGGCGGCAGCCAAGAAUGAGAGGGCUGGUUUUGUGGGUCACAACCAAGGUAGUGAUGUUGCAGGAGAUCAAGGCGUGGCCAUUGCUGAGAUUCGACUUCCUGGGAGACGUACCAUCACCGAAUCCAUUGGGGAUCAGGUUGUUGGGGAAUACAGUGCAGCAGCUCCGCUGACACCGCCGUCCGCGGCGGGAGGGAGAGUGGGUGCAAUCACAAUAGGAGAAGCACUGGAAGCGGCAGCUCUGGCUGCCGGAGGGAAGCCGGUGGAAUGGAGCGACGCAGCGGCUGUACAAGCAGCGGAAGUAAGAGCAGCAGGUCGCACCACCACAGCACCCGGUGGUGUUGGUGCCGCAGCUCAGUCGGCGGCGACUCUCAACGCUCGAACUAGUCGAAACGAAGACAAGACAAAGCUGGCUGAUGUUCUCACGGAUGCAAGCGAGAAGUUACCAAGAGAUAAGGCGGCGACAAGAAGGGAUGCGGAAGGGGUGGUGGGAGCAGAGGUGAGGAAUGAUCCGAAUCUGACUACAUAUCCUGGAGGAGUGGCAGCUGCCGUGGCUGCUGCAGCUAGGCUGAACCAGUCCGAUAACAAACGAGACUCUACCAAUUAAUGCACCAGCCGGACAUUGGCAAAAUUGGAGGAGAUCAACCCAUGUCACAGCAUCUUAUCAUCUCCUCCAAUCCUACUUCCGGUGGCUGUGUUUUAUCUUAUGCAUAUGUUUGGAUGCCACUGUUUGAUGAUUUUCCUUUUGAAUAUUAUCGUUUUCAGUUGAGUUUCACCAAUUCUUCAAUUUAUUGUUUACCCACU